AUGCCACAAAAACCGGACCGGGAAAAGGGCGAAAUCUCCAACUCGUUGCGCAACGAGCUGGCCAACCACGGCGUUCAAGUGCUCAACUAUCUGGGCUCGGGCUCGUACGCGGACGUGUUUCGCGCACAGCGGGGCAACGAUCUCUUCGCGGUGAAGCUCGUCCAUACCGGUGAAAAGACGGAAUACGUGAAGCGCUUCCUGCCGCGCGAGCUCUACCUCGGCAGUCUGCUCCGCCACCCUAAUAUCGUCAAUGUGGACACGAUCAUCCACCUGCCCAAGGACACGUGCAUGAAACUGCGCCGCAUCGGCGAAGAGGAUGGCCGCAAAUACUUCACCCAACUGCUCGAAGCACUGAUUUACUUGGAGAACAAUUCGGUCGUGCACCGUGACCUGAAAUGCGAAAACAUUCUGCUCGACCGCUACGACAACGUCAAGCUGGGCGAUUUCGGCUUUGCGCGAUCGUUUAAAGUUGGAGAGGUUUCCUCGACGUUCUGCGGCUCGCGCGUCUAUGUGGCCCCGGAGGUGUUGCGUGGGAAAAACUACAACGACAACAAGAUCGACAUCUGGAGCGCGGGCAUCGUGCUGUACAUCAUGACGACGGGCGUCAUGCCGUACGAUGACCGCGACCUGCCGAAGAUGAUUGAGCGCCAGAUGGCCCACCGCAUCCGCUUCCCGCGCAUGCCGGUGUCGACUGAGUUGAAGCAGCUCAUCCACGACAUCCUUCAUCCCAACCCGAUCGAGCGGCCCAGCUACCAACAGAUGCGCGAUUCUCGCUGGCUGCGCAACACCAUGUACUUCUAUAGAACGAUCGAGGACAUCAGCACCGCCUCCCAAAUCUCCGAGCGUACCUGC